AACGUUGUACCUCAAACGCAAACAAACUUCUCUAUCUUGCUUAGAAGCCAUGAUGACUACUACUCGAAUUUCUCCUGCAUGGCCUCUUCUGCUGAUCACCCUCGUUUGUUCUUUGUGUAUCAGCUGCAGUGGGGACGCUCAUGAUGGCACUGAUGAAAAGGUAUACGUCGUCUACAUGGGUGAUCGUCCAAAAGGCGAGUUCUCGGCAACGGCACAGCACAUGAGCAUGCUCCAAGCAACCAUAGGAAGCAAAAGGGCGUCGGAAUCAUGGCUCUACAGCUACAAGAGAAGCUUCAACGGAUUUGUUGCGAAGCUCACUGAGGAGGAGAAGACUAAAAUUGCUAGUUUGGAGGGGGUGGUGUCUGUGUUUCCAAGCACAAAAAAACAACUGCACACGACAAGAUCAUGGGACUUCAUGGGCUUUCCCGUGGCAGCUGAAAGAACGAAAACUGAGAGCGAUGUGAUUGUAGGAAUGCUUGAUACUGGAAUUUGGCCUGAAUCCCCCAGUUUCGACGACAAAGACUUUGGUGCUCCACCAACCAAAUGGAAGGGCACCUGCCAGUCUUCUUCGAACUUCACUUGUAACAACAAAAUUAUAGGAGCAAGGUAUUACCACAGUGAAGGAACUAUCAGUCCACCUGACUUUCCAUCUCCUCGAGACUCGGAGGGGCACGGAUCGCACACGGCAUCCACAGCAGCCGGUGGCCUGGUUUAUGGUGCCAACUUAUACGGUCUUGGUGCAGGAACAGCUCGUGGAGGUGUGCCAUCUGCACGCAUUGCAGUGUACAAAAUCUGCUGGUCGGAUGGCUGCUCAGAUGCUGACAUUCUUGCUGCGUUUGAUGAUGCUAUCGCUGAUGGAGUCGACAUAAUAUCUAUCUCGGUAGGCGGGUUCUUCCCUUCUGACUACUUUGCAGACCCCAUUGCCAUCGGUGCGUUCCAUGCCAUGAAAAAUGGGGUACUCACAUCAAAUUCUGCUGGUAAUUCGGGGCCGGACUCUGCAUCAAUCGUCAACUUUUCGCCUUGGUCCCUUUCGGUUGCAGCCAGUACCAUAGACAGGAAGUUCCUGACCAAUGUGCAGCUCGGCAACAACGAAUCCUAUGUGGGAGUAUCAGUAAACACAUUUGUGCUGGAAAAUGAAAGUUACCCAUUAGUCUAUGGUGGGAAUGUGCCCAAUACUGCAGGAGGUUAUGACAACUCCACAUCAAGGUACUGCGAAUUCGAUUCAUUGGACCCAAAAUUGGUAGAGGGUACCAUCGUGCUUUGCGACGGAUUGAAUGAUGCAGAACCAGCAACAGUUGCGGGUGCAGCCGGAACUAUAAUGCACGACGAUUACUUCAGAGAUUUUGCCUUCUCUUUUCCACUACCAGCCUCUUAUUUAGGAAACGAUGAUGGCGACAAAGUUCACGGUUACAUUAACGGAACAAGCAAACCAACAGCAACCAUUUUCAAAAGUGUUGAGGUUAACGACACAUUGGCACCCUUUGUUGUCUCCUUCUCUUCAAGGGGCCCAAAUCCCAUUACAGCAGACCUUCUCAAGCCUGAUCUUACUGCACCUGGAGUAGAUAUUCUUGCAGCAUGGUCAGAGGCCACUACUGUGACUGGAUAUCCUGAUGAUCCGAGAGUUGUACCAUACAACAUUAUUUCAGGAACAUCAAUGUCUUGCCCUCAUGCAUCUGGGGCAGCUGCUUACGUUAAAUCCUUUAACCCUACAUGGUCUCCAUCUGCCAUCAAAUCUGCUCUAAUGACCACUGCUGCUUCGAUGAGGGUGGCAACAAACACAGACGCCGAAUUCGCGUACGGUUCCGGCCACAUAGACCCCCUGAAGGCUAAAUCUCCCGGCCUGGUAUACGACAUUGAAGAAGCCGACUACGUGAGUUUCCUGUGCGGCCAAGGUUACAGCAACAAGAACCUCCAACUCAUCACUGGGGACAACACAACCUGCACAGCGUCCAACAACGCCACCGUCUACGACCUCAACUACCCAUCUUUCACACUCUCCGCCGCCUCUGGCGCCUCCAUCAGCCGCGUUUUCCACCGGACAGUCACCAACGUCGGCUCUGCUUCCUCCACCUACAGGGCAGCUGUGGUGGCGCCGCCAGCGCUCAGCAUCCAAGUCCAACCAAGCAUCCUGUCGUUCAAAUCGGUGGGAGAGAAGCAAAGUUUUGCUGUCACCGUUACUGCGAGCGUUGACGAGUCCGUGCUGUCGGCCUCGUUGGUGUGGGAUGAUGGUGAGUACAAAGUGAGGAGCCCAGUUGUUGCUUAUGCUGCUUAAUUGAUUGAGAUGAGUGGUUGUUGCUUGGAGAUUUUUGAGUGGGUUUUCUUGUUUGUUUUGUGUCUGAUGAUUAAUGGAAUAAGGGUCGGAGAGCUUGUGGGUGCACCGAGCACUUCAGUGAUGAAUGAUUUGUAUUUGCAGUGUGUUUGUUCAGAGUUGAAUGCGCAAGAAGAAUUCUUGUGGCUGACUUGCAAAUUGGACUAGUUUUAGUACAUGGUGAUGAAUUUUCUAUAUCAA